UUAUCCAUCUUUGAUAAUCUGAGAAAAAAAACCCAAAAAAAACCUCGAACUUUCACUGACUCGAUGCCUUCUUUUUCUCCGCGUUGUUUUCGACACCACGUGUGAGGUCUGGUAAAUCGAGACUCUGCGGCCAUUCGUUUGUUCCGUGGGUCGUUGUAGAGGAGAUUAUGUCGCAGUUCCGCUACUCGACCGAUAACUUCAAUGAACCGGAACCCAUAUCCAACAGACCAGCGACGAUAUGGGGUGUUGUUAUAUCGUGCCUGAUAGUCUCGUGGAUAUGUGUUAGCCUUCGACUAUACGUUCGACUACUGGUAGUCCGGGCUCCGGGAUGGGAUGAUUUAUGUGUCUUGCUCUAUUUGCUCAUGGUCACUGCCGGAUCGAUAGCAGUAUGUGUCGGCGUCACAACCGGCCUUGGCAAGCACUUUUUGCUUCUUGAACCCUGGCAAACUAAAGGUUUCUUGAAGACAUUUUAUAUCGGAAACGCCACCUACGUGACUGCGACGGCACUGAUAAAAGAAGCACUUUUGCUCCAGUAUCUUCGCAUCUUUGAACGGGGCAUCUUCAUGCGCCGGCUUCUAAUUUUCUUAAUCAUAUUCACGGCCUUGUGGGGAGUGGCGUUUUCUUUCCUUGCCUGGGUACCCUGCGUACCUGUAUACACGUUUUGGGAUACCGGAGGAGGACCGAAUUGUUUCGGCUACGGCUCAUCGUAUGCAGCUCCUUUUAUCGCCACUUUCGAGAGUCAUGCCGCCAUUAAUAUGGUACUUGACACUCUGGUCCUCAUCAUCCCGCUCCCAUUAUUCUUCAAAGAUGGCGCCACAACAUGCACCCGCAUACGGCUCGUUGGCCUGCUCUCCAUGGGCAUCUUCGUUCUCGUUUUUGCGACCUGGCGGCUAGUGACAAUUAUUGAGCACCAAGUCGCGACUUGGCCCACUAGGGAUCCGACAUGGUACGGGCCCAUCAGUAUCGUUUUGGCUGUUCUUGAAGUAGAUGCAGCAUCUAUAUGUGCCAGCGUUCCGAUAUUCUGGCCGGUGCUGCGAAAUAUGGAAUGGGGCAAGAUAUUUGUGACGCAGGAGGUUAACAUCACGAGGGAGACGCGGUAUAUGGACGACGACGAAGAUCGGUUGACACGAGACACGAGCCACAGCAGGACUGGCAGCGAGGCAGACUUAGGGGGCGACAGCGGAAGGAAAGUCAUGAGGAAUAAGGGGAUGUAUUACCAGGAUUCGUACGUCUUGAGCCAGGUCGAUCCCUUACACACAUCGGUCGAGCGCGUACACGCGACUGUGCGCAGUGAUGGGGUGAAGGGUAGUUCAAAAAUGUGGAUGAAAAUAUAAGAGAAGGCAUAAAAUUGAAUUCAAAACCGUUAACUCCCGUGUUUCUCAUAUCCCAGCAACCUAGCUCCAUCAUUUCCGUUCGUAUCCUGUGGAUCUA